AGGAUCCGUCAUUCAGCUUCAACACUCACACAGGAACACCCGCGCUGCUCCAGCUGCUCAUGGAGACACUGUCCUCCGUCCUCCAGAACAAGAAACACUUCCAGGAGUUUCGUUAAAGAUCUGCCGCAGACAUGAAGCUUUGUGGCGGCGGAGCGGCGCUGCUGCUGCUGCUGCUCGGCCGCUGCUGCUGCACCAGACCCGGCAGGACAGUGUGUCAGGGAACGAGUAACCAGCUGACCUUGUUGGGGGCUCGUGAUAAUCACUAUGACAACAUGGUGAGGAUGUACUCCAACUGCUCCGUGGUCCUUGAAAACCUGGAGGUCACCUACACCCUGGAGCACCAGGACCUGUCCUUCCUCCAGUCCAUCCAGGAAGUCGGCGGCUACGUUCUGAUCGCCAUGAACGAGGCCGAAACCGUCCCGCUGGUCAAUCUGAAGCUGAUCCGAGGCCAGAACCUCUACGAAGGCCACUACGCUCUGCUGGUGAUGUCCAACUACAACAGGAACCACUCGUCUGCAACUCUCAACUACACCAGCGGGCUGAGACAGCUGCAGCUCAGCCGCCUGACGGAGAUCCUGAAAGGAGGGGUAAAGAUGACCCACAAUCCCUUGCUGUGUAACACUGAGACCAUCCAGUGGUGGGACAUCCUGGACAAAGCCAGCAAUCCCAGCAUGCUUUUCAAGAUAGACAGCUUCACACGUAAAUGUGAGAAGUGUGAUCCGGGGUGUGUUAACGGUUCGUGUUGGGCAGCAGGACCGGAUCACUGCCAGAGAUUCACCAAGUUGCAGUGUGCCGAGCAGUGCAGCAGAAGGUGUCGGGGUCCAAAGCCCAUGGACUGCUGCAAUGAACACUGUGCUGCUGGCUGCUCUGGACCUCGAGCCACAGACUGCCUGGCCUGCAAGGAUUUUAAUGAUGACGGAACCUGUAAAGAUGCUUGUCCUCCUCUGACCCUCUACGACCCCAAAACCCACCAGGUGGUCAACAACCCCAACGCCAAGUUCACCUUCGGGGCAACGUGCGUCAAGGCUUGCCCACAUAACUAUGUGGUGACAGAUGGAUCGUGUGUUCGCACCUGCAGCACUGGAAUGUACGAGGUGGAGGAGAACGGAGUCCAACGCUGCAAAGCAUGCGACGGACCCUGUCCUAAAGCCUGUGACGGAGUUGGGGUUGGCUCUCUGAUCAACACCAUGGCCGUCAACGCCUCCAACAUCGAAUCCUUCAGGAACUGCACUAAGAUCAACGGGGACGUGUCCCUCAUUGAAACCUCGUUUACUGGGGACGCGCACUAUAAAAUCCCGCCCAUGGACCCGGCUAAACUGGAGUACUUCAGGACAGUGAAGGAAAUCACAGGUUUCCUGCUGAUCCAGUCCUGGCCGGAGAAUCUGACCUCUCUGUCAGUGUUUGAGAACCUGGAGAUCAUCAGAGGAAGAACAACACGCUCUCAGCACAGUUUGGCGGUGGUGAGGACGAAGCACCUUGACUGGCUGGGUCUGCGCUCUCUGAAGGAGGUGAGUGCCGGCCGGGUAUUGAUGAAGGACAACUCUCAGCUCUGCUACACUCGGCCCGAUCAGUGGACCCGCCUCUUCAGGUCCAGUGACCAGACCAUCAUCAUACUCAACAACGCCCCCCCCGACUUCUGCGAACAACAGAAUCGAACCUGUGACACGGAGUGUACGGAUGAGGGCUGCUGGGGUCCAGGCCCCACCAUGUGUGUCUCCUGUCGGCAUUUCAACCGUAGGGGGCGCUGCGUGUCGCACUGUAACCUGCUGCAGGGCGAGCCCAGAGAGGUCGAGGUGAACAGCAGCUGUGUGGAGUGUCACCCGGAGUGUCUGCUGAAAAACGGGAUCCCGACCUGCCACGGACCGGGUCCAGACCAGUGUUCCCAGUGCGCCCAUUUUAAAGAUGGCCCCCACUGCGUGCCGCGCUGCCCCCACGGUGUGCUGGGAGACGGAGACACGCUGAUCUGGAAAUCGGACCGGACAGCCCAGUGCCAGGCCUGCCACCCGAACUGCACACAGGGGUGUUCAGGUCCUGGACUGUCUGAAUGCACAGGUGCUGCCACCCACUCCACGUUGGCGGCGGUCGUGGUUGGUGGGCUCUUGAUUGCUGUCAUCGUCUCAUUGGUUAUCUUUGUGUUGCUACGGCGACGACGAAUCACAAGGAAGAGGACCCUGCGCCGCCUCCUGCAGGAGAGAGAGCUGGUGGAGCCGCUGACUCCGAGCGGUGAAGCUCCUAACCAGGCGCUGCUGAGGAUCCUGAAGGAGACCGAGUUUAGGAAAAUCAGGGUGCUUGGCUCCGGAGCCUUUGGGACUGUCUUCAAGGGGCUGUGGAUCCCUGAAGGAGAGAAUGUGAGGAUCCCAGUAGCCAUCAAAGUUCUCCGAGAGGCCACAUCACCUAAAGCCAACAAAGAAAUCCUGGAUGAGGCGUAUGUGAUGGCGAGCGUGGAUCACCCCCAUGUGUGUCGUCUGCUGGGGAUCUGCCUGACGUCGUCGGUCCAGCUGGUGACUCAGCUGAUGCAGUACGGCUGCUUGCUGGACUACGUCCGACACCACAGGGACCACAUUGGGGCUCAGUGGCUGCUGAACUGGUGUGUCCAGAUCGCCAAGGGGAUGAACUACCUGGAGGAGCGCCACCUGGUGCAUCGAGACCUGGCGGCGAGGAACGUCCUGGUUAAAACUCCCAACCACGUCAAGAUCACCGACUUCGGCCUCGCCAAGCUGCUGACGGCUGACGAGAAGGAAUACCACGCUGACGGAGGAAAGGUUCCCAUCAAGUGGAUGGCGUUGGAGUCGAUCCUGCAGUGGACCUACACACAUCAGAGUGAUGUCUGGAGCUACGGUGUGACGGUGUGGGAGCUGAUGACGUUCGGCUUGAAGCCGUACGACGGCAUCCCGGCCAGUGAGAUCGCCUCUGUGCUGGAGAGAGGAGACCGGCUGGCCCAGCCCCCCAUCUGCACCAUCGAUGUCUACAUGAUCAUGGUCAAAUGUAAGAGCAGAGGAGGGACACAACAAGAAACAAGAGUCUACAGUCAUGCUAGCAGCUCUGUGAGCUGUGUUUAGGCUGGUGCUUUGAGCUGAAGGCUAAUCAGCAGUAAACACAGAGCGCAGCUGAGGCUGA